CACUGAUCAUAGGCUACACUUUUAACAGGCGAUCGGAAGGUGGAGUGGAACAUUGUUGAUACAGGAACGCUUAUAGAUUCAUUUAGGUUAAUUGCUGGUUGUGAUACAUCUUUACACAGACUACCACUGAAUUCAGUAUAUUCAGGAUGAAUAAAGUCGUUUUAGUGACUGGUGCUAACAGUGGCAUUGGACUGGCCCUGUGUGAACGGCUUCUCUGCCAGGACAGUCAGAUCCAGCUGUGCCUGGCCUGCCGCAACAUGCAGAGGGCCGAGGCUGCCCGCUCCGCCUUGCUGGUCUCGCAUAGCGAUGCCCAAAUCACCCUCCUGCACCUGGAUGUCGGCAGCAUCCGAUCCGUUCUGAAAGCAGCCACAGAGGUCAAACAGAGAUAUAACAGACUGGACUACCUGUACCUCAACGCUGGAAUUAUGCCCAACCCGCAGGUGGACUUCAAAGCCCUUUUUAAGGGUCUGUUCUCCAGAAACGUCAUUCACAUGUUUGCCACCGCAGAGGGUCUGCUAACGCAGCAGGACCGCUUGAAUGCCGACGGGCUGCAGGAAGUGUUCGCUACAAACCUCUUUGGUCACUUCCUGUUGGUGAGGGAGCUUGGGCCCCUCCUCUGCCAGCCGGGUUUCACAGCCCAGCUCAUCUGGACCUCGUCCAGCAACGCCAGGAGGUCUGCCUUCAGUCUCGACGACAUUCAACACCGCAAAGGCCUGGAGCCUUACAGUUCGUCCAAGUAUGCCUCGGACCUGCUGAGCCUAGCCCUCAACAGGCACUACAACAGCCAGGGACUUUUCUCGUCUGUGAUUUGCCCUGGACUAGUGAUGACCAAUCUGACCUAUGGCAUUCUGCCUUCCUUCUUCUGGACCCUGAUCAUGCCUUUCAUGUGGCUGAUCCGGGUCUUCACCAACACAUUUACCUUGACACCAUAUAACGGAGCUGAAGCAUUGAGCUGGCUGUUUCUUCAGAAACCAGAGUCAUUGGACCCACAUGCCAAGUACCACAGCCUAACAUCUGGGUUUGGAAAAAACUACACACAGCCCCGUAAGAUGGACAUUGAUGAAGACAUGUCGGAGGCCACCUAUGAACAGCUGCUGCAGCUGGAGAGCAAUGUGAGGAAGAAGAUAGAAGAGGAAGAGCAGAAUGCACAGUCCCAUGGACAGUAGCUAAACCACCCUGAGUAAAGUGGGAGGACGCUACAGUGUUUGCCCACUCUGUGACCUUUAUGAAUGAUUUUAUAUUCUCUCUGAUACCUCUUGCACACACAAAACCUGGGGUUGACACAAGAUAUUGAACAUGGAUUCAACCUGCCUUUGACUAAUUCACACUACAUUACAGUCAUGUGUACUUACCAGGUAUUUGCCGUUCAUACAAGACCCAGAUCCGCAAGCUUAUGUCCGAAUACAUCACUGCUGAAACAGGGUAAUCAUUUAAAGUGGACGUUUCAAAGUUUGUUUACGUUGGAGAUUCAACAUGGCGGACAGUAUGUCCGAUCUGGUGUUUGGUCAGGAAAUCAUAGACUUUGUAGGAUUUAAAAAAAAAAAAAUUCAGUCACCUAAUGAAGCCUUAAUGCAACUGCGCAUGUGCUACAAUCCUGUUGAGGCAUCUUUGCAAUCGAGAAGAGCAGAAUGUAUGGCUGAGAGGGCUAGAGAUCGCUGCCAAUAUCUACGGAGGAGAAGAGCCUUUCUGUUGUCCUCAAUGGCUAUUAAAGUUUGAGUAUACCUUCCUAACCUAUGAGGCUCCUUGAUUGAAACUUGUAUACAGUCAUCUGUGUCCUCCCUUUCAUAAUGAAGCUGUGUCGAACCCACGUUAAUCCCAGGCCAUGACCAGUCACAGACCAGGGUUAGAUAACGCAGCUUGACCCGUUCGCAGAACCGGCAAACACAACUCAUUGCUUCUGCGUUGAAGAAGAAAUAUGUAAACGUUUUCAUUGCCGGUCAUCUCUGUGGACACUGAAAAACUUACUGACAGAAUAUAGAAAACUACAUGACUGACAUGGGACAUACCUCACUUUAUGAUAAACUCAUUAUAGACCACCCACUUUAUAUACUGUAAAAAAACAGCUUCUGUUUCAUGUAAAAUGUGUUACUUACUGAGUUACAGUGCUUAUAAUGAAAUCAGUUUUCAGCAGUUAUAAAGUGACAUGUAUGAGACCAGCAUAACUUGCAUAACUCUUUGACUGUUCCCAAUUGUAGAAGUAUUGGGACCAUGUACUUUCUUGUACUCUUAAGAUAAUUCCUUUUUGAUUCCAUGCUUUUUUCUUGAGUUUUUGGUAAAACGAUAUGUAUACCAGAAGAACUAUGUUAUGUGACUAUU